ACCGAGUCCACCAGGUUCACACACUCACACACAUACACACACCCGGAGUCAGUCCACGCGCUGUUACUGAGGACUUUCCACAGACUGCAAACAUGGUUGAGAGUUUUGUUGGGACGUGGAAGAUGUUGCAGAGUGAAAACUUUGAUGACUACAUGAAGGCAAUUGGUGUGGGGUUUGCAACCAGGCAGGUGGGGAACCGGACCAAGCCUAAUUUGAUCCUGAGCGUGGACGAGCAGGGGAUUAUAUGCAUGAAGUCUCAGAGCGCCUUCAAAUCUACUGAGAUUAAGUUCCAACUCAACGAGCCCUUUGAUGAGACCACAGCAGACGACAGGAAGACCAAGACCGUGGUGACUCUGGACAACGGCAAACUCGUGCAGAAACAGACCUGGGACGGCAAAGAAACGAGUAUCGAGAGGGAGAUCUCAGACGGGAAGUUGAUAGCAAAAUGCAUUAUCGGUGAUGUGGUCGCAGUGAGGACGUACGUGAAGGAAGCGUGAAGGCUCCUCGCUCCUCCUCCUCCUCCUGCUCGGCUGCGUUGCUGGGACGACAGGCUCAGUUCAAUGAGCGCAAAAAUACAAACGUUCUGCUCACCUCUUCUUUUUCUUUAUUUUUCACUGUGUUGCCAAAAAAAAAAAAAACAACCUGUAACUUGUGUUCUCCAACAUUUGGACACAUUUGGUUUCAUUUGUUGUGGUGAUUUGAAUAAAAAUGGAUGAAAAAAAAAAA